AGGAAGGAAGCAAGGACUUGUGACUGACGUAUCCACCGUACAAUUUAGAACCAUCAACGUAGAAAAUGACGCGGAUUAGGACCCUUUUAUUCGCGCUACUGGCGGCCGCCCACACCCUGGCCCAGAAGGACGACGGUUCGGACUCGGAAGUGGUGUCUGCCCCCGAAAAUCUCCCCGUGCCGCCCCCGUCGCCCCUCGACGAUUGCGAUCCCGAGAUGAUCGGAUUCGAACUGAUCACUGGAAACGUCUUCUCCGCACCGAGCAACGUUUUGGACUCCAUCCCCGGUACCCUCAUGCUCACUGACUGCCUGGAGACGUGCCAGGGCAACGAGUCAUGCCAGUCGGUGAACUACGAGACGGGGCUGUGCGUGCUGUUCAGCUCCAACUCCGACUUCUUGCCUGGUGCUCUGACAAAGUCCCAGUUCCCAGUCUUCACCAUCUACGCGCAGAAGAGCUGUUUGGGAGUAAAACCCUGCGAGAGGGCAUGGUGCAUAGACAGGGUACAGAACUACCGCCUGAUGGGGUACGUGAAGAGCCAGCAAGUCGUCAGCUCGCGGCAGGAAUGUCUGGAGAUGUGUCUCGGAGAAAACGAAUUCUCUUGCAGGUCUGCCAACUACAACAAUGAGACGGGCAACUGCGAGCUGUCCAGCAUGGACCGCAUCACUCUGGCUGGCAGCAACGCCUUCCAGCCGGCCAGCGGCUUCGACUACAUCGAGAACAACUGCAUCGAGGAGCCCACCAAGCUGUGCGAAUUCAAAAAACUGAACGGCAGGAUCCUGAAGACGGUCGACUCGGUGUACCAAGACGUCGGCUCCCUGGACGAAUGCAAGGAGCUGUGCCUCAACUCCCCCUACCGCUGUCACUCGUACGACUAUGGGGACACCGGCGAGAUGGUCUGCAGGCUCAGCCAUCACUCCAGGGCUACCCUUGCUGACAUCCAAGACCCCUAUCUGGAAGUUCCCGAAGCAGCCACCUACGAACUGAGCUCGUGCUACAACGUCAGCAUCGACUGUCGCUCAGGAGACAUGGUAGCUCGCAUCCAGACCUCCAGACUCUUCGACGGGAAGAUCUACGCCAAGGGCAGCCCCAACUCUUGCGUGCGCGACGUCAACAGCAGCCUGGAAUUCGAGCUGAGCAUGGCCUACGACGAUCUAGAAUGCAACGUGAGGAAAAACGGUUUGGGAAGGUACAUCAACGACGUAGUCAUCCAACACCACGACAAAAUCGUCACCAGCAGCGACCUGGGUCUUGCCAUCACCUGCCAGUAUGAUCUGACCAACAAGAGCGUCACCAACGAGGUGGAUUUGGGGGUUCACGGCGACAUCCAACCAGCUAUCUCAGAAGAAGUUACUGUGGAUUCGCCUAACGUCGCUAUGAAGAUAACGGACAGAAAUGGGGAAGACAUCAUGCAGACUGCUGAGGUUGGAGACCCGCUGGCCCUUAAGUUCGAAAUCAUGGAUAAAAACAGUCCCUACGAGAUAUUCGUAAGGGAACUAGUUGCCAUGGAUGGUGUGGACUCCAGCGAAAUCGUUCUCAUCGAUUCAGACGGUUGUCCCACUGACCAUUUCAUCAUGGGCCCCAUCUACAAAUCCGCUGAUUCUGGAAAGGUGCUGCUCUCCCACUUCGACGCCUUUAAGUUCCCCUCGUCGGAAGUGGUCCAGUUCCGAGCCCUGGUGACCCCCUGCAUGCCCACGUGUGAGCCAGUCCAGUGCGACCAGGAAGAACCUACCGGAGAACUGCGCUCCGUCAUCUCCUACGGUAAGAGGAGGAGGCGCCGUUCCACCGCAGGCCACGACGACAUGCUCCUCGUCCAGUCCAUCCAAAUCACCGACAAAUUCGGCUUCGAAAGGGACGCCAACAAGACGUCGUCUAUCGGCAGCGAAGCCAUGUUCCUCCCCAACGACGGACUCUGCAUCAACGUGGGCGGCCUCAUAGUGGCCGCCACCGUCUUCCUGUCGUCUCAGCUGGCCAUAAUCGCAGCAUGGACCUUCAUCUGGCAGAGGAGGAGGCUCAGCAGCAAACUAUCGCACGACGGGAUGUCCGUCAGCGUCAGCCUGCCCUCCCAGUUGAGUUCUGGCCGCACCGACAGCCUCUGCAAGCUCUACGAUGGCGGCUACGCCCAUUCCCGUCGAUUCUAGGCCGUCUAGUUCGCAAUUGUUUCACGUCGUAUGUCGGAAAACACCGCGGGUGAUGUAUGUUUUCACGGAGGAACUUUCGUCAAUGGAAAAUCGUUUACCCGUAUCAGAAACAGGCAUAUCAACAAAUCACUGCACAAAAUUGAAAGGGAAUUUGGAAACGAGCAAACGUUCCGGUAUCUUCCAUGUGUGAAUGUACCUCGGGUGCAAUAAUUGUCAUAAAAAAAAUGCCAGUUCCAGUUUCGGAUUGCUGGGUAUACACAACGGUUAUUAGAGCCCAGUAUUCUUCUUCCUUCUAUAAUCGUACUUAAACUGCAUACCGUACUGUAUUAUCCUUAAUAAUGUAUGAUCGUAACUUUGAAUACUCGUUAAGAUAUUGAAGCAAAUAGGCUUAAGAUAACGUCUGAUACUACUCCGCCUCAACCACUUUAUUAAGCGUAACGCAAAUUCAGCUUUUUUUUGGUUCAGGUUGUUUAUUCAAUAUAACUCGAUGCAACCGUAAGGUUUAUAAUUAGGAUCGAUUUACAGAUGUCGUCACUUACUCAACGCCACUAUACCACGAUUACAACAUUCUACUGUGACUGUUGCCAAAAUCAAUUCGUGCCCAGCGCGCGCUCUGUUACGUUUCUCGUGAGUUAAAAUUUCCAUCAGCGCGAAUUUGUCUCGUCAAUUCAAAUCAUCCCCAGUACAAAAUAUCGAAUCGAUUUCAAUGCCGCGACCUCUAUAAAUUGAGUACACACCAACUCGUCGAGAGAUGCGUGUUAGAUUUAGGUUUGGCGCCGGACAUUUCAGGAUCCAAGGACGAUCUAGCGCGAAUGCGACUGUGAGUUUAACAAUUAGAGCUAAAGUUGUGUGAGUGUUUAUUUAACUGCUUGUCCUUGCGUCCUAAAUGUCGGCAGGUAGCUUUGCCGCGCCGAAAUACGCGCUACUUUACGCACGGUUAUCUGCGCCGCAAGCGCCUGAGCAUAACUAUAACAAAUACCAUAUAAUUUUUUAGACAAUUUAUAAUUUUACAUAUAAAUGUAUACUGUAAGUUAUUCUAUGCUGAUGUAUUCAGUGAUGAAGUAAAAUAUCGAAAUAUAUAGC